AUGUGUAGGAGGAAGAACAUUUUAUUGACUCUAGGCUUGCAUCUGUGUGCGGUCUAUGCGCAUGAGGACUCGCUCCUUGAAGUCGACUUUUGUCAGUAUUAUUAUCGAAACCCUGCUUCAAGUGAACCGCGAUACCCAGAUUGCUCCGAUGUCAAAGCCAAGGUCGUUUCCAAUGAGACACGGACGCUGCCGACGCUUGAGCUCGGGGAGCCUGGAGCCAAAGCACUUUUUUUCAUCCAUGGAUGGCCAGACAACGCUGCGAUGUGGGCUGCACAAUUUGCACAUUUUUGUUUCAAUGGUUCAUUUUACUGUGUGGCUGUGACUUUGGCCAAUUUUCACCCUGACUUUCCUGAUGCAGAUCCUGAUAAGGAGUUGAAAAUUACCCAGCAACUCAUUGAAAUCCACCAGACGAUGCUAGAGGCUCAUCUUGUGGACCCAACACUUGUUGUCCAUGACUGGGGCUCUGUAAUCGGGUAUGAGAUGCUUCAUCGUUAUCCUGCAGUUGCCAGGCAAAUCAUAUCGUUUGAUGUUGGCAGUACAGUCUCUUCCGAAAGUUGGAAACUUAACUUGACUUACCAAGAACAAAAUCGAGAGGCGUGGCAACAGAAAAACGACAGCAAGAGUGUUGGUUCAGCAAUUUACUGGGAGGCACCAGCACCGCUCAGAGCCACAUGGAGGACUUCUUGGCCUUACGAAUAUAAUUUAUCUUACCGAGGCUUCAUUCAACAUCCGUAUCCACCUGCAAGUGUCCCACUCCUCUUCCUUUGGGGGAACAUGACCCGAGGCGAGCCGCGCCAAGCUAAUACCAUUUUUUUCGGUCCGCAUUGGCUCGACUUUGUGCGCUCUACCCCGCACGGCCGAGUUGUCGAAGUAGACUCCGACCACUGGAUGCAUGUUAAGUCACCUAGAUUCGUCAAUAAUGCGAUUAGUGCUUGGCUCAAUGGAUACUAA